CCGCUGCCAACAUGUAAGUAAAAUAGGGCGGGUAAUGUUAUUGAUCGCGCUCAACCCUCAGCCCCACUAGUGCGCCCCUCGCGAGAGCGCCGACUCGCGUAAUACAUCAACAUUGCAUUGAAUUUACUAUUCGCAUACGAUGGAUACAAACGCGAUGACAACGUCCGGUUUGUUAGAGUGGGAACUCUCCCUACCAUCUGAUCAGAUAAUAUCGCACGGGUGGUAUCACGGAGCGCUCAGCCGGACGGCAGCGGAGAGCCUGCUGCAGCAGGACCGGGAGUUUCUUGUCAGGGAGUCUUCCUCUCAACCGGAUAAUUUCGUGCUAAGUUGCCGCUCCAACGGACAACACCUGCACUUUGUGAUCCAGAGGAUUAUUGUCCAUCCGGAUACAGUUUUUGAAAGAUAUCAGUAUCAAUUCGAGGACGAAGCUUAUGACACUGUUGCAGAUCUCAUAACAUCAUACGUCGGAUCGGGGAAACCGAUAUCGGCAGCAUCUGGAGCUCGAAUUCAGUAUCCCGCCAAUCGAAUGAUGCCUUUAACUAAUUAUAUAUCAGGCGAAGACUCGGGUGCUAUGGUGUCACCGAAUGGUGAAAGUAACUACGGAAAUGCAUACAGCCUAUACAGUCAUUUUGCUGCGAAGCCCGGUGGAUCCCUGCGAGUGCCUUUCAAGAAACAGCGGUCACAUUCGUUGACGCCGAUAGAUAUGACUCAGCAUGUCACACACGGUAAAAGUGCAAGCGCUGAUGGUGUCAUUCAAAGUCAAACAAAUAAGCAUGCGAAGAUUUUCUCGAGCGAAUCAAACUCAAAUUCUAACACUUGGGACGCCAAUCUGCCGACGAGUCCACCCGCGAAGCCAGCAAGAUACGAGGGUCCCAAAGCGGACGACAGACGGUUGGAGCUUCACAGACUGUACCAUGUUUCGGGAUCGGAUUCCGGCAACGGUUCCGGCGACUCUACACAAAGUUCAGCGCACAGCGACCCGAACAAUAAAUCGAGAAACGAACCUGACUACAACCUCGUUAAUACUCCAACUAACAAGCUCCAGUUCGAUUUUGAACUGACAGAAGCGAAACUCUUGCAAUUAGAGCAUUUAGAUUAUAUUGUAGAGUCACGAAUAAAUCUUGAGAAUUUCCAAUCUCAGAUUAUACCACCCACAUUGACCAAGCCUUUGGAGUCUGAAACAUUACACACCAUAAAGCUAUUACUACGAACAUCGGGUCCACGAAUACUAGCAAACCAUAUGACCAAAGUUGAUUUGCAUUUUCUCUUGGAGGAAUCUGUACAAAUAGAAAAACUUGAUAAAACUGCGUCGGGUUUGGAACUUUGCUUCCUUCCUCAAGGACGUGCUCUUCGGCUGAACGUCAUCGAAAGGGUAGAAGCUUUCCGCCUGUUAGUAGCUGUAACUAUUCUUACUUGCCAAACAGACAGACAGAGAGCAGAUACAAUAAAUGAUUGGAUACUUUUGGCUAUUGAAACUAAAACGGCUCUAGGUAACCUUUACGGAUUCUCAGCUAUAAUGUUCGGCUUGUGUAUGCCUCAGGUGGAGUGCUUGGAGAAUGCUUGGAAUAUUUUAAGGCGAGCUUAUACCGAUAAUGCUUUUAUGUUUGAAGCGAAGUUGAGGCCGUGUUUCAAGAGUAUGAAUGAGGGCACGAACCCUCUUCCCCCCAACACGACCACUCCAUACGUUAUACCACCUGUCCUGUGUUUUCACUUAUUUGACGGAGAAGGCGGAGGUCUAAUGCAACCGGACGAUUCGUUCGCGACCAGCCUCAUGAACAGUCUGGAGUUCGACUUCAACGCCACGGCCGCUCAUCUCGAGGCGGCGAGACUCUUCCCGCAACAAGUUGACAUGUUCAAACGGAACGCGAGAACCGUGGUGCAGGAGAUGUCUUCUCUCGGGCCAAUGUUAGACCCGAUACUUUUAGAGUUAUUCAAGACAGAAUUCCAUAUAAAUUUUCUGUGGGGCGAACGAGGCGCUCUCACCGGCCCCAACCAACGUUUUUCCCGAUUAACGGACAUACUUACUGCGAUGGCCUCCAAGUUAGCGAACCAGCCACCAGACGGCGACGACGCUUUGUAAACGUGUCAUGUAUAUAGUGCACUAUACAGCAUUUUGUAAACAAUAGUUAGUGCAACGAAUCUAUAGCAUUAGAUAGGCGAGCGUAGGAAGACAAGAGAAGCCAACGUCUAGGAAUGGUAAUAUAGAUUUCAAGAUCAGAAUUGGACUUGUGUCAACUUAUCCCUAAAUAUAAAAAGAUAUUAGUAACAUUCUAUCAACAUGUACUAUCUAAGAACGUUGUAAUAUAAGUAUCAUUUUGUAUGUAUUUUUUUAAUAUAUUUGUAUCCAUGUUCCCGUGUUACAGAACACAGUACGCAGGAGGCACACCUGAAUGUCGCUCAAUUUCUAUAAACUCGCACGAGACAGAUUUCGAUAAACACUUCCGAUAAACAUACAACUGUAUUGUAGUAAUUUUUUGUACGUUUUAUAUGAAAUAGAUCAAGCAAUACAUUACAUUAAGUAUAGCAUUUAAAAAAUGUCCCUAUCUAAUAAUAAUAAUUAUCACGCCGUAUUUUAAUCAAAUAUUUUGUAUCUAUCAAUGCGACGUGCACAACCGCUCUCAGCCUGUGAGAGCGGUGACCACAUGCAGUGACGGCAACAGUAAGAAAAAAUUGUAA